AUGAUGUCUCAACCUCUAAGGUCAAAAUUGGUAUCAAAAGAGGAUUAUAACUUAAUAAAAAAUAGUAACAAACUAAUUUCUACUUAGAUUGGUGUCUUUAAAAAGGAAGUUCAGCAAUUAGUGAUUAUAGUGGGGAAAGUUAUUUCGGAGGAUCUAAUGAAUUCAAAAAGGAUACACUCCUUCAAAAUUAUUACUAGUUGCCACCUCAUUCUUAAGUAAUUAUUUAGAUAAGAGCUAUUUUCUCUUCUUGUAUAUAAUCUUUUGAAGUGUAAUUGGAUGACGCAAUAUAAACUAUUGAUUACGGUCUGUUAUUUACCUCCUAACCUGUGGAUUUGGAGCUUAACUACUUUCACUCCAGUAAGUCGGCAUUUUUUUCUUUGUAAGUUACUUAGAAAUCAGGCUGUUCUAAUCCGAAUACCUGGUGGGGUGUUUUUGCAAUAUAAAUCCAUGUAUCAGAUUGUUAAGAUGGUAAAGAUUAUUGUUAACCUGGAUCAAAUAGUUUAUGGACAAUCUUAAAUUCAAAUCUGAAUUUCUAACCUACUGAUUGGAAUUUUUCUUUAGCAAGUUCGUAAAAUUAAUAUAUGUUUAAAGGUAUAAUGAAAUAUGAAAACUAAUUUAGAUUUUAUAAUUUAAUUUCUUCGUUAUAGUAGUUCUUUUGUGCUUUAAAAAUAAGUCCUAGUACCAUAUCCAACUAAAGUCAAAUUGUAAUUUAAACUCUUUUUUAAGAAUAGUCCUUCAUAAAUAAUUAUAUCUAUAAAUAAUCUUUAGAUAGUGUGGCCAAUAAAUAAUUAUUAUCAAUACUAUUAGGAUUGCAAUAUAAAUUUUUAAUUGAUUUAUAGUAUUGAAAUUGAUAUUCAUCAUCAUAAAAGUGAUUUAUUGUCUAUAGAUCUACUUUUAAAUGAAAAUUUUGGAAAUAAUGAAGUGAGUAUUUUUGAUUUCGUUGUAUAUUAUUAAGAAUAGAAUAUUGUUUAACUACCAAGUUUAGGAUGCUAAAAUCAGAUAGGCUAAUAAUGUAUUUCUUGUGAAUAAGGUUGGUAAUACGAUAGUUUGAAAUAGAAUUGCAGUCCCAUUUGUGGUAAUAGAAUACAACAAGGAUAUGAAGAAUGCGACGAUGGAAAUGAAAUUUCUAAUGAUGGCUGCAACAACUGUAAAUUUUAAUGUUCUCUAGAUUGUUAAAAAUGCUAAUUUGGGAAGUGUUUAAUAUAGUCCAAUUCUAAUAACCUAAAUUAGUUAGAUGCUUUAUCAAAAAUUUAAGAUUGUAUUCAUGCUAAAGGUUAUUAUUAUGACUCCUUAUUAAAUGAUUGUUUAUCCAUCUGUGGCGAUCGAAUUAUCACAUUAGAAGAGGAAUGUGAUGAUGGUAAUAGCUUAUUAAAUGAUGGGUGUAGUAAUUGUAAAUUCAUAUGCUCUGAUAACUGUUUGGAUUGUUAAUUUGGUAAAUGCUAUCAAUGUCAUUAAGGAUAUAAAAUUUAAUAAUUUAAAUGCAUUUCAGAUUGUGGAGAUCAAAUAAUAAAUGUUGAUGAAACAUGCGAUGAUGGAAAUAAUAUUAGAUUUGAUGGAUGUCAUCAAUGUUAAAGCAGUUGCUAAUUAUAAUGUUUAUUUUGUUAUAAUUCUCUCUGUAUUUAAUGCUUAUAAGGUUGGAAUUUAAUUGAAGGUAAAUGUGAAUAAAAUUGUGGAGAUGGACAGGUGGCCUUAAUGUCUAAUGAAUAAUGUGAUGAUCCUAAUAAUAACAAUUGUAUUGAUUGUUUAUUUUAAUUCUGCUAAGAUAAUUGUCAAUUUUGUAACUAAAAUACGUGUAUCACUUGUUUUUUUCCUUUUUAAAUGAUAAAUGGAGUUUGUUUACCCAUAUGUGGUGAUUCCAUUGUAACACUUGAAUUUGAACAAUGCGAUGAUGGAAAUGAUAUCCCAUUUGAUGGAUGUCACGAAUGUCAAUAUUCAUGCUCAUAUGGAUGCUAAGAAUGCGAGUAUGACAAUAUUUAUAAAGAAUGUGAGUAAAAUGUUUUUGAUUUGGAUCUCUAAACUGGUAAGUGCAAAGAAAUUAAUAAAUCAAUCAAUAAUAAAUAAGAUAAUUAAAUUGAUUAAUCACAAGAGAAUGGUAGUAAUAAUUAGAUUAUUUAAUGUAAUCCUAAUUAUGUAUUAAUUGAAAAUGUUUGUGUUAAUUUAUGUGGAAACGGAUAGCUCAAUAGCCAGUAUGAAGAAUGUGAUGAUGGUAAUAAUAAUGGAGGCGAUGGAUGUUCUUCUUUGUGCAACCUUGAAAGAUUUUUUGAAUGUAUUAAUCACGAAAACUCUUUAACAAUAUGUUCAUUUGUAAAACCUCCUGAUUUAAAUUUAAAUAGACUUUCUGACAAAUAAAAUCAAACUCAAAUUAUUGAAUUGACUUUUUCUGAAUAAGUUAAAUUAAAUCAUCCAUCUUUUUUAGAAGAGAUUGUAAUUUUCAAGAUAAAUCCAUAAGUAACACAUGAACUAACCAUACUUCCUAUAUAAAACUUGACAAAUUAUUUGAAUGAUCCUGUAUACUAGAUUAUUAUUUAGUUUUAUCAAUCUAUAGAAAAUCCAAUCCUCGAAAUCGAAAUCUCUAAAUUUGCUAUAUCAAAUCAAUUUGAUAUAGAAUUACUGAACUUUAAUAAGAGUGUAAGUCUUGGAACUCCUUUUGUGAUGUCUGCAAUAACUAAGCAAUAAGUUGUAUCAAUUGUCAAAUUUAAUGAUGCUAUGAUUUAUUCUAUGGUAAGCAUUGCAGGUUUAGCUAUGGUAACAGGAAAUAUGGUGAUGAUUCUCAAUCUUUUAGAUCUUUUGCAAUCUUUGUCAUAUAUUCGCUAUAUGCAAUAUUAGUUUCCACCUAAUUUAAGAUAAUUUCUUGAAACUUAUACUAAGGUUUCUCUAUCACCUAUAUUAGAUUAUUUUCAAGUUGAUGAAUUUAUUGCAUAAUUAAAUGGUGGUUUCAUACCAUAUAAAAGAAAAAAGACAUAAAAAUUAAGCAUAAAUUUAGAUUUUCAUUAGGUUUAUUUAAUGAAUGUCAAAAGCUGCUACUUUUCUCUUUUGGCUUCAUUUAUUACAUAUCUAAUUUGCUCUGUUAUAGCAUCAAAAUUAAUAAAUUAACAGUUGUUUAAAUAUUAUCAUAAGUAAACUUAAAAUAUAAAAUAUCUAAAGUAGAUCUAGAUGUUUCAAACAAAAAUUUAAUAAUAGUGUCAAAAAAUAAAAAAUGAUUAUUUCUCUUUUGGAAUAUUCUAACUCUAUUUUACAAUACUGCAUCAAUUUACCUUUAGUACUUUAUUAUAAUUUCCAGAUUACUCUUUUGAAACAUUAUUUGAGACCUUUAAUUCUUUGAAUGCUGUGAUUGCAUUAUUUGUGAUAAUUUUCAUCUCCUUUUAAGUCCUCUCAAUCACAUCUUCUCCAAUUAAAAAUAGGUCAAAGUGGAAAUAUUUCUUUUAAGGAUCUAGAUCUUAAUUUUGGGCACUUCAAUUCAAAUCCUUUUAGAUAUUUAGAGUUAAAUUUUACAUCUUUGUUAUUGUUACCUGCAUAAAUUAUCCAGAAAUAUAAUCGAUACUAUUAUCGAUGCAAUCAUUAUGUUUUUUGAUAUAUUUAUACAAAUUUAGACCAUUGACUUCAAAUUUCGAUUUAGUUAAAUUGAUGAUCAGAGAAUCAUUUUUAAUGGCAAUAUUUUGUUCAUUAUUAUUAUAUAGUUUUGAUUCAACCAAUGAUUAACUAUUACUAUAUGGAUGGAUACAUAUAUUCCUAUUCUUGUUUAUAUUAUCAACAAGUUUAGUUGUGGAUAUGAUUGAAUAUUUUUAUAAGGCAUAUUAAAAUUACUUGAAAAAGAAAAUUAAAUAAGAAUAAAAAGAAUAUCAAAAUUAUUAUGAUAAUCCACUUUAAAGAUUUAUAUUGAUUGAGUAGUAAAAUAUUGUGAAUUGA